UAUGAAUAGUUUGCCAGACUUAGCAUAUCCGUGUCAAAAGUGUGGUGGUGCUCAAAAGUUUGCAACUAUUCAACUGCUCCAAAAGCACAUUGAAACGCAGCAUUCUAUGCCCUACUAUGUGAAAUCUAACUCAAAUCUAUUAAGAAGGUCACAAGAAACGAAUGAAAAUAAUACGGCAUCUUCAUCUAUCGAUAGACUAUGCAAUAGUAAAAUUGGUUCUCCAUCAACCUUUAACGUAGGUAAAUUGGGUUUGAAGAGGAGUUAUAUAUUUAAACCUGGUUCGAACCUAACUUCGGCUGAUAUAAUGAAAGAAUAUAGGAAAAAAUGGGACGAAACUGACGCUCUUCUAAAAAAUCGAUCUUACGAUAACAGAACAGAAAAUUCAACGAAACCUUUUAGCGAAAGUUUAACACCCUCUAACGACUUUAAAUCAGCAAGCUUGCUGCAGGCAACAAGCGAACCGAAUGAAAUGAAUUAUAAUAAUCUUAACCCUCAUAGGCCAUUUACUGAAGAAAAAUACUUACAUCAACCGAAAAAGAAUCCUAGUAUCACAUCUGUUAAACCAACGACAAUAGAACCAAAUAGUAUUCCAGACUUAAACGAUAGAUUAUCAGGUCAAGCUUACAGACCUUCCCUUAAUCAACAUAAAUCUACUGUAAAUUCACGGAAGACCUAUGAUUUACCAGCUUAUGUAAAUUCACAGGCGGCUCCUAUCAAUUAUACCGCUGAUUAUAUAACGCAAAAACAUACUGCUUACGGGAUAGAAAAAAAGCAUUACAGUCCAGUCACAAAUCCUUCUCAAGUCAAUCUCAGGGGAUCACACUUAAUGUCCAACGAAACUCAUCCUUCUCAUUACUAUCCUUAUCAAUCGCAACAAUCGCAACAACCGCAACAACCGCAACAACACCAUCAAGAACAACAACAACAGCAGCAACAGUUAUUUAUGCCACCUCUUCACUAUCAGCAACAGCAGCAGCAACAACAACAGCAGCAACAACAACAGCAACAACAUGUGCCGCAAUUACACCAACAACAACAACAACCUCAGUUUCAUCAACAGUAUCAACAACCGUCCAGAAACUAUAAUCUAUCCCGUCCAUACGAUACUUCUAUUACAAAACCAACGACUAAUUAUGAAAGUGCAGUUGACGAUCCAGAUAAUUGGAAAGAUCAGAAUAUUCAGAGGAGAGCAACCAAUCAUCAGAAAGUUUGGAAUAGACAAAUGGAUCAAUUGUUGAACUCUGACGACGGUAUUUUUGAAUACGCUACACCUAGCAUUCAGGGAAUAGAGGCCCCAAACGGUCCAUUUACAUAUGCUAGGCCCGUUUCGGUCGAGAUCGAACAUUCUAAUAACAAUGGAAAUGAAGAAAAGGGAAGAACUGCUGAUGAAACCCAACAGUAUAGUUUAUAUCCCAUCGAACCUCAAAUACAAAUACUAAAUAGACCUCCAGAAGGAAUAUCUGAUCCAAAUAAGAGAAAAGAUAAUAAAGGAAAAGAAGGAUCUAGAAGAACUUUACCACCAGAACCAGUUUCACAAGCCGUCAUCCAUCAGGUGAGAAGUGAUGGCGAAACUAGAAAAAUAAUGGAUCAGAACCAAGCUGCUGACCGGAAAAAUCUCGUUCCGGAGAAAGACAAUGUUUCAAUAGGAAGGCAUUUUGAGGCAGGAAGCGGGGAUAGUCGUUCGAGGCCGACUGUCAUUCCCUCUAACGAAAUAAGUAGGAUAAAAGCCCCAAAUGUCAAUCAGAUAGAGGAAAUGCAGGAUAUCUCUCAAAUUUGGUUUCAAGUUUUUCUCUAUCUUGAUCCAAGAACAUUAUGUACUGUUGCAAGAGUAUGCAAAUUAUGGAAUAGAUUAUCAAAGAAUCCGUCCCUUUGGCGUAACGUCACAAUAAGUAAUACCAUCGUAUCAGUUCAGUUUCUAAUAAGAAUGGCACAAUGGUGUAACGAAUUACAGAGUAUAACGUUUGAAGGUUUAAGAGGAAGGAGAAAACGUAGUAGUCAAUCGGAGAAGGAAUAUAAGAAAGCAACUAGAGGUUAUCUAGAAGUUGGUUUGGAACAAAUUCUGAAAUCUGCACAAACUAAUCUUGUAUCGCUAAGCAUCAUAAAUUGCUGUAAUUUAUUUACAGAACGUUGCCUAUGGUUGGCCAGUUGUUACGCUAGACACUUACGUCGGUUUACCUAUAUUAGUGAUAGCGAUCCGAUAGGUCCUGAACCCAUAUACGCUUUAGGAGCUGGUUGUAGGAACUUGGAAAAUCUUGUUGUACCUCCGAUGUUUCCGAAUGAGAAACCUCAUAAAGUUGACAAUAAGUGCGUUCAAAUGAUUGCCAAGUCUUUUGCUAACUUAAGAUUUCUUUGUAUUGGAGGUAUUGAAGUAGAUGUGAAAGGAUUAGAAUUUUUAGCUCGACAUCUAAAGCAUUUAUCGAUGCUAGAAUUAGAUCAUAUGAACGAAAUAACUGCUGACACAGUAAAAGCUAUGGUUGAUGCUGGCCUUAAGGAAUUAGAAAAUAUUGAUUUUGCGUUUACACCUAUUACGCCGAAAGCUAUUCUUUAUUUACAUGAUGAUAUCAAUGCCGAAAGAUUUAGAGAAAAAUCAUUAAUUUCUUUGUUUUUAUUAAUAGAAAAUUGUCCUCGAUUGAAGAAGAUAAAUAUUCAUAUAGGAAUAUCCGAUUAUUAUCAAGAUGUUGAAAAUCGCCAAAAUCGUAAAGACUACGCUUUGAUUAUUAAAAAAUUAGAGGCUCUUAAGCUGAAGAAAGGUAUAAAACAGAAACUAUUUUUGAAGACAGACUACGGUUAA